AUUGGGUAAGAGAGAAGAUAAGGCUAUAACCAAGCGAUAUCGCAUUGCGAUCGGCAGCCGCCGGCGAGGCCCGAAAUGAAGAGUAGACUCCUCCUCCUUCUCCUCCUCGCUACGCCUCUUCUCUCAUCGGCGGCUAGGCUGGGAGCGAUGUGCACGGCCGACAGCGACUGCGACGCCGGGCUGCGAUGCGACGGGUGCAGUGGCCAACAGGGCGUGUGCGUGCGCAUCCGACCGUAUGAUCCCAGAUCCAAGGGGAGGGAUUUGCCGUUCAACGAGUACUCUUGGCUGACGACGCACAACUCCUUCGCUAGGCAGGGGGCGGUCUCCGCCACUGGUACCCCCCUCCUCACCUUUACCAACCAGCAGGAUAGCAUCACCUCCCAGCUCAAUAAUGGUGUAAGAGGUUUGAUGCUGGAUAUGUAUGAUUUUGAGAACGACGUCUGGCUUUGCCACUCGUUUGGAGGCCAGUGUUUCAACUUCACUGCAUUCCAACCUGCUAUCAAUGUUCUCAGAGAAAUCCAGGUCUUCCUUGAAGCAAACCCCUCCGAGGUGGUAACCAUAUUCAUUGAAGAUUAUGUCAGAUCCACAAAUGGUCUGACAAGGGUGUUCAAUGCUUCAGGUCUAAUGACGUAUUGGUACCCAGUGGACCAGAUGCCAAGGAAUGGCAGUUGGCCUUUGCUAAGUUCAAUGAUCAACCAGAAUCAUCGUCUUCUGGUCUUCACAUCCAUAGCUUCCAAGGAAGCUUCCGAGGGCAUUGCAUACGAGUGGAACUAUGUAGUAGAAAAUCAGUAUGGUGAUGAAGGAUUAAAUUCAACUACAUGCCCCAAUCGAACAGAAUCAUCGCCCAUGGAUACCACCUCCAAAUCCCUUGUGCUGAUGAACUAUUUUCAAGAAAAUCCAGUUGGCAGUGUUGCUUGCAGCAAUAAUCUAUCCCCUCUAGUGAGCAUGCUUGGAACUUGCCAUAAUUAUUCAGCCAACCGUUGGGCCAACUUUGUAGCUGUUGAUUUCUACUUGUUGGGUGAUGCUCCUGAAGCUGUAAAUGUCGCAAAUGGGCACAUGGUCUGUGGAUGCGAUAAUUUUGCUUAUUGCAGGUCUAAUGCCACAUUCGGUACUUGUGAUGUGCCACCACCUCCACCGCCUUCUUCAUCGCCUAGAUCAACAACUCCAGGUUCCACAUCGGAUGCCUCAAUUACGGGUGGGUUCUCCAUGCUCUCAAAGGUGGCCACAUUCUCUUGGCUCUUGCUGCUGGAGUUCAUAUGAUAUAAUGUUAGUGCAAUGUUGCGGUAUCUUUGAGCUGCUGCUUCAGGUUGUAUUGUUAUUAUUAAUUGGUAGCCGAUUAUUUUGUAAAAUGGUUUAUUUUUCGUACUUCUCGAUAGGUUGCCUCUCGAGUAUAAAUUAUGUAUCCAUUUGUGGUCUCUGGAGACUGCAUUUGUGGUGGCCUCUUCAUCUGAUUUAUGAAUAUUUAUUGGCAAAAGAUUCAGUUGAAUGUUCUAGUAUUUUUGAAAUCAUAUCGACAUUAUAUUUGAAUGAUAGAUGGAGAACGGAGAGAGAAGCGGAGAAGAGAAGGGUGACAAAGUGAAGAAGCGGGAUCGUCUUUAGAGAAGUAUAAAGAUCCCAAGAGGAAGAUAGAGAGGUAAGAAUAGCAAGAAAGGAUCAACCGAGGCAAUAGUAGCACUGAAGGAACAAGCCAAGUGGAUAUGAAAAAUACAACUAGGGCAGUUGAUAAAUGUAGCAAAAUUCAAUUUGCUCAUCCUCAAUACUCCCGUUAAUCUAUCUCUAG